UCUGUGGGGUGUUGCGAGGGCGCGUGCACAGCAGCCUCAUCACGCGCAGCAUCUUUCGCCCACCGAUAUCCCUUAAUUUCACUUCAUUGUUACUUCUCAGACAAAAAGAGCGUUUACUACCACGUCGUGUCUGGAUAUUCUGCUCUCCUGGAUAACCGUGAGAGUGUUUGCUCGGCUGGAUUGGGGUGUUUUUCAUGGAAAAUGGCGAGAUGGGCUCACGCGUGUCUGCUGCUGAUGAUGGGGAUUUUCAGCGGAUCGUGGACCGCAGUGGACGCGCUCACAUUUCCACAGCAUUACACGAUCAUGCACUGGGCUCGUCGCAUUGAACAGGAGAUUGACAGAGUCCUGCAGCACAUCAGUGGUGCUCAGCAACUUAAAGGGAUCUACAGUGAGAAGAGAAGGCAGUUCAGUCUGGUCAGAAAUAACCCUCGAGAAAUCGUAGAGAAAGUUGCGACUGACAUUGAGAGACUGCUGGCCAAGAAACGCAAAGCGCUUGAGAAACUCGCGAGUGAAGCAGAGCGUCUUCAGAAAGAUCAUCGGUGGCAGGAUGGGAUCAAGGAGGAAAAUAUUGAAUAUUAUAACUCUAAAGCAGAGAUGGACUAUGACGGUGAGGACAUUGAUUCCCAGAUGUCAUUGAAACUGGAGUUUGUGUACGAUCCAAAUUUUAAAAACCACGUGAAUUACUCACACACCGCCGUCCAGAUCCCCACAGACAUCUACAAAGGCGCUCCGGUGAUUCUGAACGAGCUGAACUGGACGCAGGCAUUAGAGCGAGUCUUCAUAGAGAACAGCAGAGACGACCCGUCGUUGCUCUGGCAAGCGUUUGGUAGCGCCACCGGUGUCACAAGAUACUACCCAGCUGCUCCCUGGAGGGCGCCGGAUAAGAUUGACCUUUAUGAUGUACGACGCCGACCAUGGUACAUUCAAGGAGCGUCCUCGCCCAAAGAUAUGGUCAUCCUCGUAGACGUGAGCGGAAGCGUCAGUGGACUCACUCUCAAACUGAUCAAAGCUUCGGUCAUGGAAAUGCUCGACACACUCUCAGACGACGAUUACGUCAACGUGGCCAGGUUCAAUGAGAAGGCCGAGGCGGUGGUUCCCUGUUUUAAGCACCUGGUUCAGGCAAAUGUACGCAAUAAGAAGAUCUUUAAAGAGGCUGUGCAGCAGAUGCAGGCCAAAGGAACCACCGAUUACAAAUCCGGCUUUCACUUCGCUUUCAACCAGCUGCUCAAUAAGACGAAUGUUCCUCGAGCCAACUGUAAUAAAAUCAUCAUGUUAUUUACUGACGGAGGGGAGGACCGAGCUCAGGACAUCUUUGAGCAGUACAACUGGCCCAAUAAGACGGUCCGUGUGUUCACGUUCUCAGUGGGGCAGCACAAUUAUGAUGUCACUCCGCUGCAGUGGAUCGCAUGUGCUAAUAAGGGAUACUAUUUCGAGAUCCGCUCCAUCUGUGCUAUAAGGAUUAACACCCAGGAAUAUCUGGACGUGUUGGGACGCCCCAUGGUUCUGGCAGGAAGAAGUGCCAAGCAGGUGCAAUGGACCAACGUCUAUCAGGACGCACUGGGUCUGGGGCUGGUGGUGACUGGAACGAUGCCGGUGUUCAACCUCACUGUGGACGGAAACUCUCAGAAUCAGCUGAUUUUAGGGGUGAUGGGGGUCGACGUACAUCUGGAUGAGCUGAAGAGACUCACGCCACAAUACAAGCUGGGAGCAAAUGGAUACAUCUUUGCCAUCGACCCAAAUGGAUACGUGCUGAUGCACCCGAACCUGCAGCCUCGAGUUUUGGAGGAAGAGGAUUUGCCGGAGCCCGUGACGCUGGACUUCCUGGAUGCAGAAGUAGAAGACAGCAGCAAACAGGAGAUUCGUAGGCAAAUGAUUGAUGGCCGAUCGGGAGAGAUGACAAUCAAAACUCUAAUUAAAUCAAUGGAUGAGCGCUACAUUGACGAGGUCACGCGUAUGUACAGCUGGACGGCCAUUAACGACACUGAUUACAGUCUGGGUCUGGUACUUCCUCCAUACAGUGAAUAUUACAUCCAGGCUGAUCUCAGCGAUGUCAUGUUACAGCUGCAGUAUUUACAGUCUCUGCUGCCGAACUCGUUUGAGUCGGCUGGUCACGUGUUUCUAGCUCCCAGAGAAUACUGCAAGCGUCUGCAGAUGGCUGAGAAUAACACACAGUUCCUGGCGGACUUCCUGUCUCUGAUGGUGGAGAUCUCACCUGAAUCUGAAGACUGUGAUCAAGGUCUCAUUCAUAACCUGAUCUUGGAUUCUGGGAUCCUCUGGAAUCUCGCCACACGCGUCUGGCAGAACAAGGAUCUCAACACGUAUGGCUUCCUGGCGCUGUUCGCAUCUACCAAUGGAGGCGUCACACGCGUUUACCCCAACAUAGCUGCUGAAUCAUGGGACGAGGAUCCCGAACCUCUGAACUCAAACUUCUACCGUCGCACUCUGGACAACAAAGGCUACAUCUUCAGGACACCGACUCGAACCUCUAUGGAUGAUCUUUUAAUCUCAGAGAACGGCACUUUGGGGAUUUUGGUCACCACGGCCGUUGAGGUUGUGAUCGGGGGCAAAACCAUGAAGCCUGCAGUGGUCGGCGUUAAGCUGGAUUUGGAGGCUUGGGUCGACAAGUUCAAGAUCCUCGCCAGCAACGUGUCAGACAGCAGACAGGCCACACAUAAGUGCGGCCCCUCCAGAUCCUGUGAGAUGGACUGUGAAGUGAACAGCGAUGAUUUGUUGUGUUACUUGAUCGAUGACGGCGGUUUCCUGGUGAUGUCCAAUCAGAGAGAUCACUGGAAGAAGGUGGGUUUGUUCUUCGGCGAGGUCGACCCCUACCUGAUGUUCGCCCUCUACAACAACUCAAUCUACGCCCGUCAUCAGACCUUCCAGUAUCAGUCGGCCUGCGAGCCAAUGGCCAGCAGCCACACUGGAGCCGCGCACAGAGGAUUCUACGUGCCCUCCAUUGCUGAUUUUCUCAGUCUGGCCUGGUGGACGUCAGCAGCGGCGUGGUCUGUUCUGCAGCAGUUCCUGUAUGGACUCAUCUACAGCAGCUGGUUCACCUCAGAAGAUGUCUGGGCUGAGAGUUCGGACACUAAAGGGAGCAGCAGCUGUGUGACGGUUCACAGUCAGUUCUACUUCACCAACACCACCAACUCCUUCAAUAUGCUGCAGGAUUGUGGGAACUGCUCCAGGUGUGUGUGUGAAAUUCAUUUGUGCAUAUUAACGCACAUUUUUCCCAACACAAACUCUCUUUCUGUCAGGUUGUUCCACGCCAAGCGUAUAGAAAACACAAACCUGUUGUUCGUGGUGGCUGAGACGCUGCCCUGCAGCUCCUGCGAGAUCGAGAAACUCCUUCCUGUCAGAACAAAGUCUCAAGAAGAAAAUCCAUGUGAGGUGUUAAACUCCGCCCGCUAUCGGAAAGGCCCUGACAAAUGCUUUGACUACAACUCGGAGGAGAACACGUCGGAGUGUGGCAGCGCUCACUCUUUACACUGUCCGAUGCGAUUUCUGCUCUGGAUUCAGUUAUUGUUGCUUUACCUCAUUCUACAAUCGUAAUCUGAGUCCCACUGCCUUCGAUGUUCCUGUCCCUCAUCCGUCUCCUCUCCGGUCCUGGUUUUCUGGCUCUCUGUCUCAUCGUGAGGUGCAUUCCAGCUGUGUGCUGUUACAGCAGAGCAUGAUGGGAAAACAUGUCUUAGUAACCCCAACAUUGUGCAGAUCCAAAAAAAAAAAAACAAAUCAUUCAACCUUUAUAUUCGUAAAACGUCCAAAAAACAACAACAACAAUCUUUCUGCUGCCGUAAAGUAUUUUUGCUUGCCAAAAACAGGAAAGGACCUGGAUUGUUUCAAAAUACUGGAACACGACGGUUGUUAUCACAAUCUCGCAUUGUGUGUUUAUUAGAGUCUUGCUUCGUUCUCGAUUUAGUGCCAAACCCUGACGUAUGUGGAUGCUCAAGCGCUGGGGAAUCGCAGCUUUCAUUGAAAUAUUGUUUUUUGAAGCUUCCUUACCAAGAGAGAAUGUCAUAUUAUCGCAAACUGCUUCGUUUAGGGAAAAAUAAAAAGAUUUAGAAUUUGUUUUGUGUUCAUUUAGAGCUUUUGUCGAAAGUUUUAAGGGCAAAUAUAUAUUGUGUCUAAAAACUGCUGCCUGGUUUGUUACCCAACAGUGCCUUGGCGCACUUGUCCGAAUGGACCAACAAUAGCACUGGACGUGGAUUCGACUGACCCUGAAUGAAUGAUGGAGAAAUAUACAGUAUUGAAUGUUUACAGUUUAAGGGCGAAUGUCAUGAAACCUGGCAAAAAUUCAUAUUUCACCCCAAAAUCAAAAGAAAUAAAUAGGAAAUCUCACAUAAAGAAAAUGAAGCACAUUUUUACGAUCGUUAAGAUUUUAAAAGCACAUUUUCCCUCCAAAUCUCAUUAACGUAAUGAGAAAAAAAAACUUUUUCUUAUUACUGUAAUGUGAGGAUAAAAAUAUUUUUACAACAUGGUAGCAAUUUGUUACAAUGCCUUAAUUUAUGAUUAUUCAAAUAGUAAAAAAAAACAGUGAAAUAGUGUCACAAUGCGAAGAAGUAUCCACAAUGUUCCUACAAAUACCCUUCAUUUUCUUCUUAUGAGUUUUGGGGUAUUUUUCUGUUGAUUUUGGGGUGUUUUCUCGUGAAACUCGUCUGUGCAUGUAUUUUGGCGUUCAGUAUGGGUUUAUUACACUUAUUCUACUGAUUCAGUCUUUAGAAAGUCACUCAAAUGGUUUUAACUUUUUCUGAUGUAAAUAUGAUUAUUCCACACUGACUUGAUCUAGUUAAGUGUGUUUUAAUGAAAUGGAAUGCAAGCUGAUGUUUCGAUGUCCCGCUGCAUGCUGGGAAAAACGAUAACUGCUAUUAAACUUCAUGAUUUUAGAACAUUUACUGGAAAGAGAGUCGACCCUCCGAGCCAUUGAACAGACCAACUUUAUCUUACUUAACGAGUCCGUAGAUGUCAUCCAAGGGUCGAUAUGUAUUUAUUUUGAUUUACUUUAAAAGAUACGGUGUGUAUAUUGCUUGCGAAAUGUAUCAAGUGUGAAUUUUGAGACGCUUUCAUGCUUUUAUUGAAAUGUUUUGGAUUUUAUCGCAGAUGUUUUGUUGCUUUUCAGUGAUUAUAUAUAACAUUUUAAAGGUCCAUUUAGCUAAAAAAAAUUAAAAUAAUUGGUUGUAUUUCAUCUUCCAAACUUCCAAAACAAAUGGGUAGAGAUGCUUCUGAAUUGAACUGAAAGGGUUUCGCUUGAUGUAUUUUGUAUCGUAAUGGCUUGAGCAAUACUUGGAAUUAUGUCAACUACGCUGAAAUGCAAGUGAGCGCUACUGAAUUAGUGUAAAGAGAGCAUGAAAUCAGUAUUGAGCCGCUUUCUUUGGAUGACUUUGAUUCAUGCUUGUCUUGGAAUAUCGGCUUAAUGUUUGUAUGUGAGCUAUGAGCGUUCUAACAGUGUUAUUUCAUGCCAAUAAGAGUAUUUAUACUAUUGUCUUUCUGUAAAAAAAACAAUUAUCAGUGUUACAAUGAACUUGAUGUGAAUUGGAAUGUUUUAAUUCUUUUUUGUUAGGUUUUUUUUUUUUUCGUCCUGCAGAUGUUUGUUAACUAUGUGAAAGGGUUUUUCCUCCCUUUCUGCGGUCUUCCAUAUCACUUCAUUUUGUACAGAUGGCACAAAUCUGUCAAGAAAGGCUAACUUUGUAUCAUAUUGUGUCAUUCACUUCUGGGAGAUGUUUAUAAGAGAUUUGGAGAGAUAAAGACAUGCAUAUUUUUCACGUCAA